AUGCCUUCUAAAAGUAGAAAACAAAGACUUGGCUCAGAACAGAAUGAAUCAAAAAAAAACUAUGUUGAAAAUGUUAAGAAUAAUGACAAUAAUAAUUUUCAAGAUUCUUUUUGUUCUUUAUCAGACUCUUAUGAAAUUGUUGAAAGCCCAUCUAGGUCUCCAUUUAACAAAAUCUUUAAUAAUAUAUUGAAAGAAUUGUCUGUCAAUACAAAUCAAAUUUUAGACAAAGAAAAUAAAGCAAUAAAUACAUUACUAGAAAUUACUAACAAAAUAUUAAUUCAAAACACCUCAAUUAUGGAAAAGCAAGGAACUUUAGAAGUUACAGUUACUCAACUUGCCAGUGACAUUAAGAAAAGAGUGACACAAGGUAUUAAAUUUUCUAUAGAUAAUUGGCUUUAUCCUAAUGACAAAGUUUAUGAAGAAUCCAUUUACAAAGAACUUGAAGAGCUUUGUCCAGACAAAAUGAUGUGGUCUUUUUAUUAUGCUGUGUUUAAGCAUGUCUUUAAAAAUAAGAUUUUACAAACUGUUAAUUCAGAAAGUUCUGAAACAGAAAUAAUUUCUUGGAAAUCAAAUAAAGAGGUACAAUGGUGUUUUGAAAAUUUGAACACUAUGAUUGAAGAAGAGGAUAAGACCUAUUAUCAAAUGGUUGCUAAGAAAGUAUUUGGCUGA